UUACGACCUAUGUCAAAAGCGAUUACAAGAUGCAAGCAUUCGAAUUUACAAUUCGUGGUGUUACAGUAAGCUUCCCACACAAGCCCUAUGGUUGCCAAAUGUCAAUGAUGACGAGAGUUAUCGAAUCAUUGGAAAACAAACAGAAUUGUCUUUUGGAAUCACCUACUGGCACGGGAAAAACUCUUUCUUUAUUGUGUGCCUCUCUAGGUUGGCUGGAGAAGAAGAAAAAUGAUAGCAAAAAUGUGUGCACCGUUAAUACUAAAGUGGAUAGCGAAAGUUAUGAUAACAUUGACGAUGUGUUAUUAUUAGAUGAUAAAAAAUCUACACUUGGAAAUCCAAAAAUUUAUUAUUGUACAAGAACGCAUAAACAAAUUACACAAGUUAUUAGAGAAUUAAGAAAAACCAAAUAUAAAUAUAUGAAAAUGUCUAUUUUGAGUAGUCGUAAACAUACAUGCAUUAAUCCGGAAAUUUCAUCAACUUCAAAUGUUACCGAUUCAUGUCAUAAUUUAUUAUUGUCCAGUGUAUGUGUUUAUGAUAUGCCACGUAAAAAAUCCGAUUUAUCUUCUGCUAUUGAUAAAUUACACCGUAAAGGACCAUGGGAUAUUGAAGAUUUAGUACAAACUUUAAUUCCAAUUCCUAGUUGUCCAUAUUAUUGUUCACGUACAUUGGCUAAAUCAGCUGAUAUUAUUUUCUGUCCAUAUGAUUACUUGUUGGAUCCAAUGAAUCGUUCUGCUACUUCUCUUGAUGUUACUAAUGAUGUGAUCAUUUUGGAUGAAGCUCAUAACAUAGAAGAUGCAUCACGUGAAGCUGCUUCAUUUACAAUAACUGAGUAUCAAUUAAAAAGUGCCAAAGAUAAUUUGGAAGGAUUAAGAACAGUUGGAUUCGAACCUCAAGCUUGUUCAACAUUAAUUACUAUGAUUGAUGGAAUAUCACGUGUUAUGCAGUUAACAUUAUCACGCCUUGUACGAGCCGGGGAAACAACACAACCAACUCAAGUAUGGACUGGACGAGAAAUUUGUGGACUUAUGUCUACUGUAGGUCUUGGACCAAGACAAUUUAUUGAACAAAGUAAUGCUUAUCAAAAAUUAUCUGCAUCUGCUACUGCAGAUAAUGAGAGUGGUGAAGAUUAUUAUCGAACUAGAAAUCGUGAUCAUCAUCAUCAGCAACAAUCUCAACUGAAACCAACCCAUAGAACAUUACAUUUUUUCAAUGCAUUAUUUACUGUAUUAAAUUUUAUGUUCAGAGAUAAUAUGUGCCAUUUAUCAGAUUAUCGUGUUGUACUUGUCGAGACAAUUGGUUAUGAAAAGCAAACAUCGAAAGAAUCAAUUACUAGCCAUAACAAUUCUUCCAUUGAAACAAAACUUGAUACAUGGAUUACCAAGAAAAAUAUCAAACCUUAUUUUACAGAAAAUAAAGAAUUAUCAUUAAAUUUUUGGUGUUUAAAUCCAUCAAUCAUAUUUUCACAAUUAUCUUCAUUGGCACAUUGUAUUAUUUUAAUGAGUGGUACAUUAUCACCAUUGAAUUCAUUAGAAGCUGAAUUGAAUGUUUCAUUUCCAUUACGUUUAGAAGCAAAUCAUGUUAUAUCAAAUGAUCGUCUAUUAGUUACAGCCUUAUCACAUGGUCCUAAUGGUCAACGUCUAUGUGCUACAUAUCAAUAUCAAAGCACUUAUAUAUUUCAAGAUGAAAUUGGUGCCAUUAUAAUGAAAGCAUGUAGUAUAGUACCUGGUGGUGUAUUAUGCUUUUUACCAUCGUAUAGUUUGCUGAAUAAAUUAAUACAAAGAUGGGAGUUAACUGGAUUAUUGAAUCAGUUGAACAUGAUCAAACAUGUUAUGAUUGAACCGAGAUCAUCUGUUGGUUUAGAUGAUUGGCUUGAAGAGUUUUAUACUUCAAUAAAUCAAAGUAUUUCACGUGAUAAAUUGAAAUCAAGACGAAAGUCGAAUAAUACUAAUCAUAAUGAUUCUCUACUAUCUACUACAUCAAACAAAGAUUCCGUUAUAUCAACUCAAUCUGGUUCAAUUAUAUUUGCAGUAUGUCGUGGUAAAGUUAGUGAAGGAUUGGAUUUUGCUGAUUCGUAUGCACGUUUAGUAAUUGCUAUUGGAAUACCAUAUCCAGCAUUUACAAAUCCUCAAGUUCAACAAAAACGUGAAUUCAACGAUACACUUCAUAAAGCUUCUUCAGCUAAACUAAUCUGUACCAAUAAUAAUAACAAUAAUAAUAAUAAUAAUAAUAAUAAUAAUAAUAAUAAUAAUCCUUUACAAUCAACUACUUCAUCAGUGCCUGAUUCUUCUGUACAAGAACAACCGAAAAAAAUUGUACUCAGUGGAUCUGAAUGGUAUGAUGCACAAGCGUAUAGAGCAUUAAAUCAAGCAUUAGGUCGAUGUAUACGACAUGCAAAUGAUUGGGGUUCAAUUAUAUUGAUUGAUGCACGUUUUGUAGAACAAUCAUCUCGGUAUAUGUGUGGUAUUAGUCGUUGGAUUCGUUCAAGAGUAAAUUAUCAUCAUACAUGGAAUAGUUUGGAAUGUCAACUUCAAUCAUUCAUUCAAUCUCAUGUAAUACAUGAAAAAGUUGACAAACAAUUAAAUGAUGAUUUAGCUGAGAUUUUCAGUUGAAAAAAUCAAUUGACACCUGUUAUGCAUUGUACAUAUUAUCAUCCUCAUCAUCCUACACAUGUAGAUGUUAUAUAUAGUAGUACCACUAUGAUUCACAAUAUUGUCAACUUGUUAUUAUUGCCUUCUCUCUCUGUGUCUGUGUAUCUGUACAAAUUAAAAUGAUCAUAGUGUGUAUAUUAUUCAAUGAAAAUUGUAUUUAUGUAUAUCUGUAUGCGUAAAAUGUCUUUAACACAUAAAC